AUGUUUAUCUUCGUCUUAUUCCCUUCCAUCUCGUUCUCACCUCCCAAACCGUCCGAGCCUACGACCCGUUGUAACCAUCCCUCUUCAGGUUACAACGUCACCGAGCGGUUGACGGGCGCCGCCACCGUGGAUGCUUACUUUGCCGUGGCGGGCUGUCUCACGCCGACCAUCAUUGGCAAUCGAGGAUGCGGUGACGGUCCCGCUGUCACCUACAGCCAUGUUUCCUUGGAAGCGUGGACUGAGGGCUACGCCGCGACCUGGGAACAGAUUCAAACCGAUUACCCAGCCACCGCCCCCGUGAACGUCGGCAAUAUGGGCGCCACGGCCGUAGGUUAUGAUGGAAAAGUGUCCUUCUAUAUCGGACGAGGAGUCAAGGAAGCAGCGUGGGAGUCAGAAGGUUUGAACUUGGAUUUCUUCCGCGGCUACAACAUCUCCUGGCACUUGGCAGCCAAGUACUUCGACCCACCUAGCGUGGUGAACAACUCCCUCCUUUUGCCAUGCAAUGUGACGCGCUUGUGGAUCAGCAGGGUCAUGCAAUUCUACGCCGAGUUGACCGGUGAUUGGGACGGCGUGGACGUGAACGAUGGCGUCGUCACAGCGAAGUGUUGGGAGGGGAAAUUCUGGUAUGCGCCCUCCUGUCGUGGCAACUCUUCGGGCUGCUUCGUGCUUCUCACUGGUGGCAAUGGCUGGGACCUGGAGAACUCCAUGCAGAAGGCCACCGCAUGGAAUAUGCCCAUGGCUGCCUGGAGCAAAGGAUGGGCACCGCUGCUGACAGAUGAGACCUUUAGGACCUAA